UCAAACCAGUUCAAUGACUCUCCAGGGUUAGAAAGGGGUUUGUUACAUUAUCUCAGUCAGUUGCUAAUAUUGCAAACCCUUAUCUGAACAUUACUACACUGGGCAUUCCAGAGCCUGAGCAGCAGCUUCAGAAAACUAAAGAGCUCACGGGCAAUUGGCUGGAUAAUGGACUCCUGGUGUAUCACUGACGAAGACAUGGCGGAGGUCAAGAAGGAAGCGUUGGAGCGUCUGCGUCCGUACCUCUGUGAGAAGCUAGUGGCAGACCGCCACCUGGACUACCUCCGGUCCAGGAGGGUCCUUACGCGGGACGACGCCGAGGACAUCUGCUGCAGGGUGGGGAACAGCAAGAAGACCGGUAGGAUGCUGGACUACUUAGCCGAGAACCCCAGGGGCCUCGACUACCUCGUGGAGUCCAUACGCCGAGUGAGGACCAAGGACUUUGUCAUCGGGAAGAUCACCAGCGAAGUCGAGGCGGUGAAGAGGAGAGAGACGGCCAUCUUGUCAGCAGCAGGUAGAUCUCCGCCAGUCUGUAUAUGCAAAGAGAGAACUCCCUUUGUGUCGUUGCAGAGUGACAGUACUGGAUACAAAGGCAGUAGUGAAGCACAGUCCAUCCAAACCUCUCUGUCUAACUCCGAAGACAAGUGGGGUCAAAAUGAAGCAUCCUUUUUCUGGAGUGCACUUCCUGAAGGAGUUAGUGUCUCUUCUCUACACAGUCUGCCAAAACCAGGAGAGCAGGGCGCUCCUUCAGUGCCCAUUGAGGACUUCGAGCCCGGGACCUUAGAGUCUGAGAGCAGUGACCAGUUUCACACCCUCCGUUCCUUUUCAACCCCCCCCUCUGUGAUGAAGUAAUACAUAAUGCCUGGAUGUCUGGAUUCAAACACAGGUUGGAUUAUAUGGGGACAGUAAAGGGUUAGGUUUUAUUGUGUCAUAACUGUACAUGUCAUCGUUAUCUAAUGUUUUAUUUUCCAUAUCAUAAAAGCUUACAGUGAAUCCACAAGACGUGGUUUCUAACACGUUUGUUCGAGCAAUACAAUGUUUUACUGAAAACUUUGUUAUUGAAAUGCAAAAAACCCCUGUAGUUCUCCAUCAAGAAAAAAAACAGAACUAUUACAAAAUGGAUGCGUGCCAGAAAGUUGUACUGGAGACUUUUAGUUUCAUAUCGUCAUCUGCCACAGUAUCAGGAAAUGGAGCAAGGCACAGCUUCCUGUUUCUUUGAAGCACGGUCCCACUUCAUGUCCCUAUUUAACUUCUGCCAGGCACCCAUAUUCUAGGAAAUGAUCAAAUCAACAUGUUUAUUUUCUGGGAUUUUAUUUUGAUUCAGGAUGUGCAAAAGAACUCUAAGGGAAACUAGUUAGUGACAGUUAGUGUGCAUAUGACAUGGACGAUGAAACAAAAACAUGUAAAGCUCCAAAUAGGCAUUUCAAUAAAUGUGUUAAUAAAUAUGACUAAAGUACAUAUGCAAAAGUUAUUUGAUUAUAUACAAAAAUAUAAACAGCUAGUUACAAUUACACUUGAACUGAGAGGUAAUAUACAUUUGGACACGAGCACUAGCUGUCACUCUGCUAAUUUCUUCACAUACUAUCAUGACCAAAGGUAGAAUAACACACACAUGACAUUGUUUGCUACGUUAUUUAUGAAAAACAAUUUAAACAUAUUUACAAUAUAUUCAACUGACAGUUUGCCCUAUUCUCUCCAAAAGGCGCUCCAGGUUGUAGAGGAAUAUUGUGGAGUUGGCAACUCUCUGUGCCUCACACGGUGAGCAUCUAGAACUGUUCUGUAAAUGCAGAAAGAAAAGAGAAGCAAUACAAUUAGAUGAACACAAUAUUCAUUGGAAAGCAGAGUGACAUUGCCAUUCAAAAUACUGUUGCUGCUAAUCAAAUGAAUGCCAAUCAAAAAUGUAUUGCUGUUGAACAAUUGGAAGUAUGGAGCGUCAGGACUUUUCACAACACAUAUUUGGGAUAAACUUCAGAACUUUAUUUAAAGGUUGACUUACAUAUUGGCGUUCAUGUUCUUCCAA